GUACAACUGCUCAGUACGCGCCUUGUCUCUGCGGCGCAUUGUGUUAUUGCAACUGAUGUUUGGUAUCGAGGCAUCGAAAGAUGGCUGAUACAACCCGACACCUCCAAAUGUCAAAUCUCGUGGUAUUGUUUACAAUAGGAUUGCUCUCUUCAGCCAUCGGAGCACGGGUUAAAAUACCCCUGGAGAGUGUAUCAGAUUUGUUGAUUCAAAGUGCAUUGGAUUCGCUGAAUGAAGAAUCACCGACCAAACACACUUACAAAGGUGGAAAUCUCCUAAGUGCGCAGAAACUGCAAAGUCCACCUUACGUAAUCUACCGUCUCACCCUAAACUUAGAAACAAAUUGCGAGGAAUUCUCGUGUCCCCGUGAGGCCUGUGCAAUUGAAAUAAAACAGCACAAAUCAGGAGUGAUAGAGGUGGACAAUGCAUCAAAACAAUGCAUGUACCUCUAUCCACAGUCAACCCAGAGUAGUUCCCAAGAUAUCCCCGAGGAUCAGAUAAUAGAGAGCCUGGACAGGCAGAUAAAUGACAGUGUGAAGCUUGAUCACGAGGUGCAGGAGGUCUCGGACCACAACGAUCGUCCCUUCAUAGCAGUGAGAGCCUCGCACUACUGUCCAGGAUGUCCGUACGAGCUGAACCCAACGCUUCCAGGUCUGGCGGCGUUCGGAGAGCUCGCAGCAAUGUCUUUAGAUGAAUCUGGUAAAAGUGACUUCAAGCACAGGAUUGUCAGCAUCGUGAGGGUCACCAGGGCUGUGCCCCCGGGGUCUAACGUCGUUCGUUAUGAAUUUCUGAUGGAAGUGGGGGAGACAAAUUGCCUCAGAACAACCCAAAUUGAGAGGUCAGAGUGCCCUCUCCAAUCGAACAUUCCGAUAAAACUCUGUCUUGUGAGGAUCGACGAGAAACCCUGGCAGCACAACAGCAGACAGUUGACCUUCAACAACUGCACGGAUUCGGAUAAAAUCAAUGAAUUAGGGGGAAAGAUCGAUCCCACAUUGACGAGUGAGUCCUUGAUUCGAGAAAAUAUUUACAGUGAGGAUGACUCACAGCAGGAGAUUUAUGAUCAAGUGGCACUCGAAGGCCAAGUUAGCACAUAUCAAAGUCCCAUUGAUGCGUCACCAGUUUCAGUUCCGACAGCCGGCACCUCCGACUGUUUGCAUCAAUCAUUCGUGACAGAAGAACCUUUCACUAAGAUUGUCAUUGGAACGGAGAAUGCACCCCAAGAAAUCCCGAGGUUUGCAGACAAAAUUAAGGAGUUUGAUGAUUUUUUGAAGGACUUGGAUGUCGAAAUUAAAUCCACGACGGAGGGGAAUCAUGGACCUGAGGUUGUGGAGGAGACAAUUCGUCCGGAGAGGGUUGAAAUCAGAGAGUUGAAUCAGUCUGGAGAGCAGGAGCCCUCGGUGGAGAUCCGGAGAAAGAAGAGGGCUGUUGAGAAGGGAAUUAACGAGAAAAACUUGAUAUUGAAGCUCUCGCAGAAGGCGAUGAAGAUUCUGGACGAGAUGGACAGUGAUGACAGCAAACGCGUGAUAGCUGACAUCGUGGAUUACAGGAGAAUAAAUUACGAAGGAUUUCUUUAUCAGAUUACGCUCCUGGUGGCUCCAAUGAGCAACUGCGAUGAGGGUCACGAUAAAAUCAAGGAUUGCAGGCAUGACCCCGAGUCACAGCCCAUGAACAUGUGCAAAUUGCAGAUUCAGACGGAUGAUAAGAGCACGGUUGACACUGCUAAGGUUGUCCAGUCCCAGUGUUACGAGAUUGAAAAUCGAAGGAAGAGGCAAGUUGUUGGGGCGCCCAACGGCAUUUCUGUGGAUGAUCAAGUCGUGAAGGAUUACGUGAAGAAAGGAUUGAAGAAGUAUUCUGCAGGACUCCAGGGGACCAAUGAACCGAUGAUUGUUGAUGUGAUUGGGGCAACAAAGCAGGUGGUGGCUGGAUCUCUGUACAAGAUCAAAGUGAAGAUCGGGGAGAGCAAUUGUCCGAAGGGAACUGAAGUACUGGAGACCUGUCUGCUCAGAGAAAAUAAUCCUGUUAAGGAGUGCUUGAUCAAGGUUUGGUCCAAGCCCUGGGAGAAUUUCGAGGAAAUCACAGUCACGUGUGACGAAACACGAACAAAACGAUCCUUGGAAUUUAGGAAUGACGAGUUGAGACGCAGAAGAGAUGUUGUUCUUGGAGGCCCAGAGAAUAUCCCUGUGGACCACCCAGAUGUGAAAGAUUACGUCAAGAAAGGAUUGAAGAAAUAUUCUUUCGGUCUUCAAGGAACCAACGAACCAGUCAUCGCUCAUGUGAUCAAAGCCACCCGUCAGACAGUCGCUGGAUCUCUUUACAAGAUCGACGUGAAAAUCGGCGAGAGCAAUUGUCCGAAGGGAACUCAAGUACUGGAUACCUGUCUGUUGGUGGAAAAUAAUCCUCUCAAAGAGUGCACGAUCAAGGUGUGGUCUAAACCCUGGGAGAACUUCGAAGAAGUCACUGUCAAGUGUGAUAAGAACCGAGAAAGAAGAUCUUUGAGAUCUGAUAAACGUGCAUUGAGACGUAGGAGACAAAUUCCCGGAGGCGUGAGCCCCAUCUCUGUGGAUCAUCCAGACGUUCAGGCUUACGUGCAGAAAGGCCUGCAGCAAUAUUCCUCAGGUCUUGAAGGCACGAAUGAACCAAUUGUCAUUGAAGUGACAGAAGCAACGCAGCAGGUGGUAGCUGGUAUUCUCUACAAUAUCAAAGUGAAAAUCGGCGAGAGCGACUGCCCCAGAGGAACAGCAGCAAUGGAGAACUGUCUUCUAGUAGAGAACAGCCCAAUCCGGAAGUGUCUGAUCGAAGUCUGGUCGAAACCCUGGGAGGACUUUGAAGAUAUCAAGGUCGAUUGCACGCCGAUACGAAAAAAAAGAGCCCUAAAGGGCGCAAAUUACUCCCAAAAAAUGCUCGGGAUCUCGAAACAGAUUGAAGCCCAGAGAAAAUUCAGGAGUUUCGAGGAGACAUACAACAAAGUCUACGCAUCCGAGGAGGAACGGGCAGUAAGAUUCAGAAUUUUCCAAGAGAACAUGGAGAUUGUUAGAAAUCUCCAAGAGUACGAACAGGGAACAGCUGUCUAUGGAGCCUCGAUGUUCGCAGAUCUGACGCCCCACGAGUUCAGAUCGAAGUACCUGGGGUACCGUCCAGACCUGAGAAUCGAGAAUCACAUACCCCUGGCUAAAGCAGAAAUCCCACACAUCGAAUUACCGAAAGAGUUCGACUGGCGUCACUACAAUGUCGUGACUGAAGUCAAGGAUCAGGGGUCAUGUGGCUCGUGCUGGGCCUUCUCGGUUACCGGAAAUGUCGAAGGACAGUAUGCCAUCAAGCACAACAAGUUGAUAUCCUUAUCCGAACAGGAGCUGGUGGACUGUGAUAAACUGGAUGAUGGGUGCAGUGGAGGCCUCCAGGAGAAUGCAUAUCGAGCUAUCGAACAGCUAGGUGGACUAGAACUGGAGCACGAUUAUCCUUACGAUGGAGAGGAUGAGCAGUGCCACUUCAAGAAGAACAGGGCAGUUGUCCAGAUUGUUUCUGCCGUCAAUAUCACCUCCAACGAGACACAGAUGGCCCAGUGGCUGGUGAAGAAUGGACCAAUGGCCAUCGCAAUUAAUGCCAAUGCCAUGCAGUUCUACAUGGGAGGGGUGUCCCAUCCCUUCAAGUUCCUCUGCGAUCCUGGUAAUCUUGAUCAUGGAGUUCUCAUCGUCGGCUACGGCGUCCACACGUACCCAUUAUUCAACAGGAUCAUGCCGUACUGGCUGGUGAAGAAUAGCUGGGGAAAACGAUGGGGUGAACAGGGGUAUUACAGAGUCUACAGGGGCGAUGGCACCUGUGGACUCAAUGCCGAUGUUUCUAGUGCGAUUGUUGCGUAAGGGCUGUGCGAAGGGUUCUUUUUUAAGGGUGGAUAUUGAAGUUUUUUAUGAAUAUUUUAUUCUCUUCGAAUGAUAAUGUAAAAAAGAUGCAUUCAAAGUGAGAAAUUGUGGAUCCAUGACCUUUUGGGAAGCUUAAAUGACAAUUUUUUGGCGUUUUUUUAAUUCUAUUUAUAAACGAAAUACUCAGUCGUAAAUUUUCUUUAAUUUUUGUGCCAAAAAACAAUGAGGCGUAUCAGUUUUUUACGGAUUUUGGUUUCUUUGUGAUAAGGAAAUGACAUUUCCUCAUCACAAAUGAAUUUAUCAUCUUUUUUACUUGAAAUUGAUUUAUUCUUGGUUAUUUUGUCAUUUACUAACUGAAGUAGGAUAUAUUUUUGAAUAUUAUGAUCAAUAAAUGAGACAACGAUUAUUAACAUAUCAUCGAUCUGUCUUGAUUCAAUUAAUUUUACUUAUAUGUAAAAUGAUAUUUACGCGGUGAAUCUCCAAAAAAUUUAUUAGCAGAUUCGUGGUACAUUGUACAACUAGACAGAGACUAUACCCUUUAAAUCACUAAUGUAAAGUUAAUGAAUUGAUAUUUCUCAAGUAAAAUGAUAAUUGGAUGAA